UUCAACAACUUGUCACUUUUCUUCCACAAAAAAAUUGAUAAUUUGUUGAUUUCCGAUAAAAGAAAUACUUUUUGUUUAUUUUUUAACAAAUAAAUAAUUAUAAAUUAUUAAAAUUUCUAUUUAUUAAAAUAUUAUUUGGAAAAUACUAACAAAAUGCACAAAGAACAAUCUGUUGAAGGUUCAGAAAAGAAUGAUUAUCCCAAAGCUUCCAAUGGCCUAGUUUUUGGAGCAAUUGUUACAUUUAUUGGUUCCAUUGCUCUUUUAAUGGCUUUUUGUUCGCCUUAUUGGAUUGAGUCAUACGAGGAAUCACGUAGUGCCUUCUUGAAUAUGGGAAUCUGGCAAUAUUGUUUUAAGAACUUUGUCUAUCCGAAUUAUCAAUUCCCUAAAAAGUUUACUGGCUGCUAUGGAGCUUAUAGUCAUGAAUAUCACGAAAUUAGGGAGUACUUACUUCCUGGAUGGUUAAUCUCUGUUCAAGUUCUUGUGACAAUUGGUUUUUUACUUGCCUACGCUUGUUUGGGAGUUCUCUCGAUGAUUAUUACUCGUUUGCCACUCAAAGGAGUCUUACAAUACGAAUGGAUUCUAACUAGAAUCUCUUUUAUUUUGUGCGCUGUCUCAAGCCUCUGUAUGUUUGUGGCUGUGGUCAUCUUUGGUUGCUGCGCUUAUCGUCGCGACUGGCUAAUGUAUCCAAAGUUUAACGUCCUCUCCUGGUCUUACUCGUUGGCUGUUGUUGCAUUUAUGAUUUUAGGACUUGCUGCAAUGAUUCUUUAUCGUGAGGCAAAGGAUGCUUAUGAAUUGCGUGGCGAUAGUAAGAAUCUGGUCAUGCAAAUGGAAAUGCAGGAGCCUGGCUAUCAACCACCUCGCCAUCAUCAGAGUCAAUCUCGUAGUCUACAUGGUUACAUAUAGAGAGAUGUAAAAAACAUGCUUUUUUUUCAUAAAACUAUAGAAUUAAGAUUUUUUGUAUUUUUGUUACACAUUUUAUAAUCCGUCCAACAAUCACACAUUUAUGUACACACAAAGUGCCUUUAUAUUUUACAAAUUUUUUGUGUCUAGAAUUAGAAAUUUACUUAAAAUUAAUCUGCGUAUCCGUCCACACAUAAUUAUUUAAUGUGACUUGACGAAGAGAUGAAUCUCUGUGUCUUCGAAUAUUUUGAAUGUUUAUUGUAUUUUACGAAAUAAAGAAAUUAGAAUAAAGUAGCGAACAUAAAAAACAAA